AUGAAGGUGGCUCGCUCCCGGGGUGAGUCUCGCGCUUCGGUGGCUGUCGAGGAUGCUAAGGCAAUGGCCGACAGGCUUACUUGUAGACUCAGCGACUUGAAUGGCCCCUCUCCCUCCUUCAAAGCCUCCAGGCGGCUGGAUCCACGGCUGGGCCCAGGGUUUGGUCGACGUCGUGCUGCUCUUGAGGACCGGGAGGGGGCUUACGCGGCACACAUACUGCGUUCUAUGAGAGCCGAGAGUUCUAACGAAUAUCCCGCGGAGACCUCGUCACCGGAUUCGUCUUCUUCUUUCCGGAGUGGGAAUUCGUCUCUGCCUGACUCGCCUUCGCCUUCGCCUUCGCCUUCGCCUUCGCCUUCGCCUUCGCCUUCGCCGUCGCCGUCGCCUUCGCCUUAUCCGUCACCGGCGCCUUUGUCUAGUGUUGUCGCCUAUAACACAGAUGGCGCCCUGCAUCUGUCAGAGGAGACGAGCGAUUGUUUGCCAGCGCAUCCCUUAACACGUCCACUAGGUGAUCGUUCGCCGUCGCUCCAACCAACCGAUGACGGAUGCAAUGACUGGCUUCCUGGCGCACCGGACUCCCCCAAUUUGAAGCGGGGCGCUACUCAGUCGCCGUCCUUCACUCCGCGCAAGCGCGCUCGCGUCGAGGAUAAGCAGGAACGACCGCCUCCGGCGAAACGCCGGUCAAAACGCCGGACAGUCCCGGAGAACUCUGACAACGAAGAGCCAAUGGAGGGUGCCCUACCCGACGACGAUUGUCUCGUCUACGAGAUUAAAGAAGACCCAAAGAAGCCCGGCGUCAAGGCGUUCUACAAUCGCAAAGGGACGAAGCUGGAGAUUGUCAAAACUGGUGUCAAGGCUGAUGCGAAGGCAUACCUCAAGUACGCGGAGGCGGUCCCGCACGAUAAGGCUCAAUGGCGCUGCACCUAUAAGAUUGACGAUGAGCUAUGCGGUUACCAAUCCAAAAGACAUCUCGUCAAGCGUCAUGUGGAAGGAAGGCACAUGAAGAUCAAGUACGGACCACGGGACAAUACAAUUCUCAGCGCCGCUGACGCUCUUCUAGGCGCUUUCAGUGUAGCUGGUGCCGAAAAAAAUUCACCCAGCGCGUAA